AUGUUGCUGAUAUUUUUUUAACUAUGUUGCCUUUCAUUAGGAUAUUUUGUUUACAAACCAUUCACUACAGUUUAAGUAGAAAUUGAGUUUUAUUAAUUAGUCUGGUCCUUGUGACACAACUAGCAAUAUUUUGUAAAUACCAAACAGCCUUUUAGGUCCAGCUUAUAAAUAGUUUACAGUAGAAGGUUGGUUCAAGAAAGAUUCAUUAUUAAGUACAAGUAGAAACCUUCUAUUCUUAAUUGGUCCAGAUACUAAUAAUUAUGCGUAUGUUUAUAUGAAUUAAAAAUAAUAGUAAUUUUCAUUUGGCUGCUACUCUAAAUGAAUAAUUAAAAGUGUAGAGUUGUUAUACAAUUAAAGAUUGUAUGA